UAAGCCAGCGCCUCCUCGACUUUCCUUGUUGAUUAUUGACAGCCGAUAGGGGGAUCUGGAGGCUUGAAGCCUCACUAACGCCCAUGACCUCCGCACGUCUCCUCUCCAUCCAUCCUCCCGGCGCCUUCAUGGUGAGGCAGCCCCAGACCUGCUUUGUCUUUUUGUUGUUGUUAUUGUUGUUGUUGUUUUUUUUGGAAUGGAAUAGAGAAGCUCAGUUCCAUGCAUCUGGAGUGGGCAUGUCCUGAUUGAACGGGAGCGCGCAGACCAUUUGAGCUAACAGGUUGCAUCUCUCCAUAUGCGCAAAAGGCUUUACAGUUUGCCACAGCACGUCGGCCGGAGCUCUUCGACCAUGUGCGACGGGGAGGACGGGGACCGGGACACACGCCGGAGGAGCAUCCGAAUGAAGCCGCUGCCGUCUCCGUGCGCCGGCGAGAGCAGCUCGCGGAGCGCGGACGCAGCGUCAGUGGCGUCGGCGGCGGACCCGGAGGCGGCCCGGGGCGCCAAAAGCAACUCAAACGGCGAUUGCAGAAGGUUUCGCGACAGCCUGUCAUCACUCACCGGCCGCCACAGCCACGAAUCCGACUCGGCUGAAGAGAAGCGUCUGAUCACCGAGGCGGAACCGAGCCCGAGCGAGGAGAGCCCCACUGGGGCGAGAGGAGGAGGUAGUGGCGAUGGCAGCACCGCGGCUGAUGUGGAACCGGGAGCGCGCAACGCUUCAGAAUGGUACCCGGGCUUUGACAAGCUGGACGGCGGCAUUGAACACGUUCUGCCCGAUGAUGAGAGGUACUACCAGGCGGGGUUCAUGCACAGGCAGUUCGGUGCCAUGCUCCAGCCCGGGGUUAACAAGUUCUCCCUGAGGAUGUUCGGAAGCGAGAAGGCGGUGGAGCGCGAACAGGAGCGCGUAAAGUCGGCCGGCUUUUGGAUUAUACACCCCUACAGUGAUUUCAGGUUCUACUGGGAUCUCACUAUGUUGCUGCUGAUGGUGGGAAACUUGAUCAUCAUUCCCGUGGGCAUCACCUUUUUCAAGGACGAGCACACUCCUCCCUGGAUCGUCUUCAACGUUGUCUCUGACACCUUCUUCCUCAUGGACCUGGUGCUAAACUUUCGCACGGGCAUCGUCAAGGAGGACAACACGGAGAUUAUACUGGACCCUCAGCAGAUUAAGAUUAAGUAUCUGCGCUCAUGGUUCGUAGUGGACUUCAUCUCGUCGAUCCCGGUGGACUACAUCUUCCUUAUUGUAGAGACGCGGAUCGAUUCAGAUUUCUACAAGACGGCGCGGGCGCUCAGGAUUGUUCGGUUCACAAAGAUACUCAGUCUGUUACGUCUGCUGAGGUUGUCCAGACUCAUACGCUACAUUCAUCAGUGGGAAGAGAUUUUCCAUAUGACCUAUGACCUGGCCAGUGCGAUGGUGCGUAUUGUGAAUCUGAUUGGCAUGAUGCUCCUGCUGUGCCACUGGGAUGGCUGCCUGCAGUUCCUUGUACCCAUGCUGCAGGAUUUCCCUCCAGACUGCUGGGUUGCCAAAAACAAGAUGGUGAACGAUACGUGGGGCCAGCAGUACUCAUAUGCCCUCUUCAAGGCUAUGAGUCACAUGCUGUGCAUUGGUUAUGGCAUGUACCCUCCAGUGGGAAUGACAGACGUUUGGCUUACCAUCCUGAGCAUGAUCGUCGGAGCAACGUGCUAUGCUAUGUUUGUUGGCCAUGCCACAGCGCUCAUCCAGUCUCUGGACUCCUCACGGAGGCAGUAUCAAGAAAAGUAUAAACAAGUGGAGCAGUACAUGUCCUUCCACAAGCUGCCUGCAGACAUGCGUCAGAGGAUCCACGACUACUAUGAGCACCGUUACCAGGGGAAGAUGUUUGAUGAGGAGAGCAUCCUGGGGGAGCUGAAUGAGCCCCUCAGGGAGGAAAUAAUCAACUUUAACUGUCGGAAACUGGUGGCGUCCAUGCCUCUGUUUGCCAAUGCUGAUCCGAAUUUCGUGACAUCAAUGCUGACGAAGCUGCGUUUCGAGGUUUUCCAGCCUGGAGACUACAUCAUCCGAGAAGGCACCAUCGGGAAGAAGAUGUACUUCAUACAGCAUGGAGUUGUUAGCGUGCUCACUAAAGGGAACAAGGAAACCAAACUGUCAGAUGGUUCCUACUUUGGAGAGAUCUGUUUGCUGACGAGAGGAAGACGUACAGCAAGUGUCCGGGCGGAUACAUACUGCCGUCUUUACUCUCUAUCAGUGGAUAACUUCAAUGAGGUGCUCGAAGAAUACCCCAUGAUGAGGAGAGCCUUUGAGACGGUUGCUCUGGACCGGCUCGAUCGUAUAGGAAAGAAGAACUCUAUAUUGCAGCACAAGGUUCAGCAUGACUUAAGCUCCGGUGUCCUUAACUAUCAGGAAAACGAGAUCAUCCAGCAGAUAGUGCAGCAUGAUCGAGACAUGGCGCAUUGUGCCCACCUAAUGCAAAACCAACGUCCCCCAGCUCCUCCAUCACCCACUCCAGUCAUCUGGGCCCCACUCAUCCAGGCUCCUUUACAAGCGGCUGCUGCUACAACAUCAGUUGCUAUUGCCCUGACACAUCACCCUCACCUGCCUCCGACGAUUUUCCGCCCUUCUACCUCCUCUUUGGGUUCAGCAAAAGAAGCACAGAGAAACAGGUUUCAGGUUGUACCAACAUCAACAGCUCCUGGUUCAGCAGGAGAGUCACCCUCGAGCACUCCUUCAAAGCCUCGUACUGGAGUGGACACUCCUUUACUUGCAUCCUUCCGGGCACAUCAUUCAACAGGUCCAGCUGGGUCAGGCAGUGGCAACAACCAAGGCUCACGAAGCAGCAUAAGUGGAGUUUUACAUCCUGGGCCUGGUCAGGCUUCAACAUUCCCUACUGGAAAUUAUUCCGGAUCAGCAUCUCCCACAUGUAGUACAGCACAGCUCCAUCCUCCACCAAAACACAAGCAGCCCUUCCCGCCAAGUACCCCACCACUGUCCACUCACCUUCAACAAGGCAGCACAGGUGCUGGUACCUUGUCUGGGGCAGUAGGUGGUGCAGUAAGCAUUGCUGUAAGUGGAGCAAUGGGUAAUGUGUCUAGUGAGUUGAGCACAAGUGGGUCCCCUCUGGGUCAAUCAGGUGGUGCCACUUGUGGGCUUUUGACCACACCAUCUUCAAAUAUUAGCCCUCUUUCAACUGGAUCAUUCAGCCAUGCCUUGAAUCAACCCCUUCAUAGUCAGCAAUCACAAAAUACCAAACAGACAUCAGCAUUUCAUCAGUUUGCUGGUGGGGGUGGCAGGACUUCUAGCACACUCAACCUCUUCCAUACACCCAUAACUGGAUCGCCAUCCUCAACCCUUUCUCACAUUACUUCAGCUCUUGAAGGGUCUCCUACAUCAAACACACAAUCCUUCAACCCACGGUUCUCCUUUUCUUCACAGUUGCCUUUAGAAAGGUCAGCAUUAGCAUGUUUAGCUCAAUAUGGCUCAGCUAAUGCUUCUCCCUGCUACACUCCUCUAGCCCCCAGCCCUACAGUCCAAAGUCCUGGGAGAACUUUCCAAUAUAGUGAUCCCUCCAGUGCUGCAGGUUCCCACAGCUCUCUGCUUAUGCCCCAGCAUUCCUGCCCCAUUCAGUUACCCAGCUGUAACACAUCAGGAACUGAAUCACCGAUUGGCCGAUUCUCUGAAGAUAUGAAACUUUUGUCCAGCUCUCACCCUUUGCUAAGUGAAGAGGUAGCCCAGGUAAUGGCUCACUCCUCCCCUCGAUCAUCUAUCGAACCUGGCUGCCGCCUCUCCCCUUACUCUUCCCCGACACUGAUGCCUAAGCCGUGCAGCUCCAUAUUGGGGCACUUUGCAUCCCCCUUACAGACUUCUCCCAGUACACGGCACCACACUCCCAGCAUAGGGACAUCACCCUCCCUUCCAUUUCGCAGAUCGUCAGAGGCCCAUCCUUCCGAACUGGAACCACUUUGCGCCAAACUUUCCUCUAAUUUGUGAGAUUAGUUCACACCCUCCUGUUCACCUGUGGGCCUGUAACUGAGUAAUAACAACGUUUUUUUUGUGACACUUUUUAUUUUAUUGUCUAUCUAGAUUACACUGUGUUUUAAACUUAUUUUAGGAUAUCUAAAUAUUACUGUGAUAAAAAAGGUGUAACCACGUAAAUUAGAAGUUUAGAUUACUCGUUUUGCUUUGCCAUUCUCUAUUUUUUAUUCAUUAAUAUAUAAGUAAAAACUAUCUAUUUAAAGCUAUUUUGAUCAACCAAUAGGAGGGUGUGAGAUACUGCGUCCAUGAUUAUUCAAGACCAUCCAUUUUUCGCAUUUCAUCAGGUUGUGCAUUUGAAAUGGACCACACAGAAGGACUAUUUUGCAGGAACCUAUGCACUGAAGCCUGCGUUCGGAAUUUUUUCUGUGUUCGAUCUUUUUAGUCAAAAAGAGAAAGUCUAAACUCUAUCCAGGAUCACAUAUUGUUGAUCCUUAUAUGUAUCUAUGGGAUUAUAUGUACUUAUUCACUGUUUAUUUACUUUAUUUUGCAAAACAUUAUGAUAUAUAAUGUUCAAUGUGUUGAAGGGAAUUUAGCAAACCAAAAAAAAAAAAAAAAAAAAAAAGAAAGAAAGAAAGAAAAAAAAAAGUUUUUUUUUCUCAAAUAAUAGCACACCUUUUGGCCUACACCUUAUGGAUUUUCUCUUGAAUCACAGUAUUGUAGUAAUAUUGGAGUGGAAUUCAGGUCCUCUAUAAUGGGGGAACAAAAGAAGAAAUGAUAGAAACAGGGAGCCUUCAGCAGUGUCCUAAAUAUUCACUUUUGUCUUCCAGGUUCAUAUGGCAGAUGUUGGAAAUGAGUGGUGUGUGUGUGCGUGUUUUCUGAAAAUGGCUUGAUGCAAAGCAACAAUCUUAGUUUUGCCUUUUGAUAUAAAAAUAGAACUUCCAUUUGACGCCUAUGUGUAGAUAUUUCUAGGAAAAGGUUUUCACAGAAUCAAUAACAGGUCAACCAUAAAAUAAAGAGAUUACUCGAUGUAGCAUGCAUGGAAAAUAAAUUGCUGAAUUUUCAACACCUACAGCAUUAAAAUGAACUCAGUGAUGGAUGAACACUUUCAGUGUGGACAGAUGGACACAGAAAGGUUUAAUUCAACACUAGCAAUAUUGCUGUGUACACAUAGCUUUCUUCUUAGCUUUGGUUCAAGAAUACUUUAGUGUCAUUUAUUUUCAUAUAGAAAUGUGUAUUUAUUUGUGCUUUAUCUUUUUUCCAUAACUGAUUUGUUUUUAUAUUGGGAAUAAAUAAGAUGAAUGUAUCAUAUUGAGGUAAAAUAUUGUAAUAAGGCCUGCACAUUACAAAUUUAUCAUUUAAUAUAGUCUAAAACAGAAACUGUUGGAACUUACCCAGCUCGGUUUCACUUUUUUUAUUCCCACACACAAAAAUUGUUAUAUAAAUAUGGUGAUAAACAUAAUGUAUAUCAAGUUUUUAACUAUUAAAUGUACUGGAGCUGGCUGCAUAGGCCUGUGGGUAAUAACUGGGGUAGCUAAACAGCUAAAUAGCCAAAUAAAGUAAUAUUUAACUCUGGUCAUGAAUAAAUAAAAGGUAAUACAUCUGCUGUUAUUAGCUGCUGUCACUCUCAACUUAAACUCAGUAAAAAUUUUAUUUUGCUCUUAUACGGUCACUUGAAGCUAAGUUCGGGCAAACAAACAAUCUUUACUAGCUAGCUAGUUCCUAACUUGCGUAUAUUACCAACUGAAGAUUACCAACUAAAGUUUUAGAUUUUUAGUUUUUGGGUAUUCAGUGUUACAUUUACAUGUCGUAAGAAAAUAUUUCAUAAUGACAUAACAUAAUGAAAGCUUGACUGAGGUAAAAUUGGCCAGCAAGCCCCUUAAUUGCGAUCUAACCUAUGGAGUACAUAAAAACCAUGUUGCAUUCAAUUAGUGAGUUGAUCCACUAGUAGAUAGUACUGUCAGACAAAUGAAAAAAAAAAAAAAAAGAUGUGUUUUUCAUCUUUCUUCUUGCUAAUAGGUUUACUGACAGAUGAUUGUAUGUGCUGGCCAGGUGAGACAGUUUAUUUCCUCUUUGAGAGAAAACACUGAUAUUGAUGAAAAACAUUUCCUGUCAGCUUUCUGCCUUUUAAAGGGCAAAGACAGAUGGAAAUAAAUAAUGUACCCACCUGAGAAAAAAAAACAGUAUCCCCACCUGAGAAACCCUGACCCGAGUAAAGUUAACAAGUUGAGGAAAUCUUGCAACUUUUGAAAGGCUUGAGACGUUCGCAUUGAGGGGGGCACAAAUGCAACAAGACACUGAUGCAUCGAGGCGGUGAUGUGUAGCGACAGACCGCCCAAGGUGUGACAUGUAGACGAGGCCCCCUGUGGGCCGUUCAGGAUGAAGUGUGUUCCAGGAAGGUCUUCUGAGGCAACUUCACUGCAAGUUAUGAUUGUUUCUGAGCACUUGUAGAAAAAAAAAACAUCCUGAGGAGGCUGGCUAUUGAUUGCAUUAUUGGACACAGCUUUGGAAGGUUUUGAGACCAAAGAGGAGAUGUUUUUUUUGUUGUUGUUCAGAAAGCAAGAAAAAGCUUAGUGCUUAACUUUUGGUCGAUGGCAGUGGAGGGGUCAAAUCCAGAAAGACUGUGGUAAAAGAGAGAGAGAGAAAGAGAAAGAAAAACAGCAAAAGAAGGAGAGUGUAUGAGAUUGAUUGAUUAGAGGGUAGACUGACCCAACCGAGAAACCUGAUCAUUAGCAGAGACAAGGACUGCAGUUCAUCAAUAACACCAGCCUGAAGCUGUCAAUCAAGCAUGGCUGUCACUCUGGCCUUGGCUCAUCUCGGCUUACACCUCUCAGCUUAUAUGAAUCAGUCACUUUUACACAUGAUUCAUGGUUAGUGGAGAUGGAAUCGUACACAGCCAAAGCCUCUUAGUCAAUCUUCAGAUGACUGACUUUUAGCAUGCACUACUUGAAUCUUGGGGUCUAAUUUUGAGAAUUGAUUUUAAAUCUGUAAUAAUCACAUAGCAACAUACCUGCUGUAUAACCAAACAGAUCAGAGUUACUUUAGUUUUGGCUUCUGUUUCAAUUUUCCAGUCCCGUUGAGGCAAAGGUGCUCACCUCAGCUCUUUGCUCUAAAAGAAAAUCUAUUAAAUGUAAACUCUCAGAAUAAAAAGGGUUCCUCAUGGGUUCUAAUAUUCUACCUUCUCUUACUUCGAUUCUUGUGCUGUUAUAGAAUAGCUUUUGUUUGUCAAAAAUACAUUACAGCACAAGGGAAAUUAUUUUCUUCACAUAUUCCAGCUUGUUCUGAAACUGGGGACAGAGCAUAGGGUCAGCUAUGAUACAGCACCCCUGGAGCACAGAGGGUAAGGGCCUUGCUCAGGGCCCCAAAAGCAGCAGCUUGUUGAUACCAGGGACUGAAUCCCCGACCUUCCAAUCAAUAGCCUAGCACCUUAAACUCUGAGCUCCCACUCAACAGCAAAACAAUUUGUUGUAUAGGAUGACAGAUGGAGUGUUUCUUAAAAGAAUGUGUGUUAAUAGAGAUGAUGGGGCAGUUUUUCAUCAAGGUUGAGCAGAAUAUAGCAUUUUUGGGCCAUUGUGAGUAAUUUAUGGAAGGAAAAUCACUACUUCUUCCAUAGAACAGGAAACAGGUAUCUAUAGCUGGCUAGCUAGUUCAAUGUUUGUAAGUAAUGAGACAUUAUGUUAACCAAGAAGCAGAAAUAAAUGCAGGAAAAUGUGAAAAAUAUUGAACCCCAAACACCUUUACCCAGUAAUUUUAGUUAUACGUAGUUGAGGGUUAAGGCCCUUGUUUAAGGGCUCAGCAAAGGCAAAUUGGUGGUGCUACAGUUUGAACUCCAAAGUUGAACACCUUCACCCCUGAAAUACCUUCUCCCUCACAUCCACCCAUGAUCUUGACUGGUGUUAUUAAGGUAUCCAGCAAGGAGCUAAAUUUCCCUUUUAUUUAUUUUCACGACACAAAUAAAAAAGGUUACUCAAGGCUUCUUUGGGUUGUUUGUUUUACAAAAGGAAAACCUUGUACAGGGUUAAACAGCUGAACACAUCAUAGCAUCUUCACGCAUUGACGUCUGAAGGUUAAACCUCAACCUAUCCUGGCAAUCCUCCCUAAUUUUAAGCUAAAGACAUCAUUUUGUAUCCAAGAAAAGAGUAUCAUUUCAGCAAUAAAAACUGCACAUCUAUGCAUAUACAUUUACUCCUUCAAGAAAUGCAACCUGGAGACAAUCCAUCUGGUAUCAUCCAUUUUUUUGAUUUGUAGUAGUUUUAAUAACACAGCGUGUACCGAUUCCAAUUGGGAGUGCUCCCAAUUUUGGCACCCAAUCUCAGUCAUGCUCCGUUCGCUUUUAUGCCGUGUUGCUGAGCCAUGAGGAAGCGCUCGUAAAGCGUUGGUGCAGGUGGUAAUGAAAUCGUUCGCAGUGAUUGAGGAUUAGGUUUCACACUAACAGGUCUGAGGCGAGGGGUUUGUACAAGAUGCGGUGUGUUUUUCAUGACUGGCUCCAUCGUAACUUAUUCAUGGAGUCAUAUUCAUUUUGAGAGAUGACUGGCAGAAACAUGGUGACGCACAUGCAUAUUUGUGUCACCAGGUGUAAGAAAGGAUGUUUUUGAGAUUGAAAUUGCUUCAGGGGAACAGGGAAAGCAGGGACUGCAUAACUCUGUUGACGUCGAUCUGAAGGAUGUUUUCUAGGCAUGUCCUCAGAUUAGUUUUCUUCAUUAUUUGUACUUUCACUCUAACCAAGCAGAACACCCAAGCAGAACUGUGGUCUUAUGGUCCAUCAAUUCUAGGGACAGAGUUUUCGGCCCAAAAUGUUAAAAGCACUGGUGCUGAAAUGCUCUCAGUCAAGCGUUGCUGCCACUAUGGCCUUGAUCUGAAGGCCAAAAGAGUUUUGGUUCUUGAAACUCACUGUGAGCAGUCAGGCUAUGACAUCUUUCAACUUAAUCCAAAUCAUGUUAAGGCAUUUUUUGCUACCUUCCUUUUUUCAAUUUUAGUCUUGUUUUUUAACCUUUUUUGUGAAGUACUUUUCUGAUUUUGUCAUUUCUUUGGAAUUUGGAUUCUUUUCACCCACAAAACAGCAAAUUUGUUAUUAAGCAAAUUAAUAAUGGUUUUAAUAGAAAAAACUAAGAAUGUUGACUAAACUUUGGGAACAUUUCCAAAGUCAAUCAAUAACCAAACUUCUUUGGCUGAGGUGAAUCUUAUUGGUAUUAUAGGCAUAAUUAUCAUAAUGAUAGAAUAUUAAUAUAUAAUAUUUCUAUUAAUAAAUAUUUCCCUAACUCUGGUAUGCACUCAGAUAAGAGGUUUAGUUUGGAUUAGAUUAUUAACUGUCAUGCUUUUUUUUUUUUGAAGAUUUUAUGUUGUGGAUGGAAAGUUUGUUUGCUUUCAUCUAAAAGUCAUCUUCUGGACGUGGUCCAGAGUAUAUUCCCUUAACACUGGGUGCCAGGUUGUCGAAUCUUACACAUUGUCUGUAUUUCAAGUUUCUUGUGGGUUUUCUGGUUUUCUCCUGUAGUCCUGUAAAUGGAUUGGACUGUCGUAAUGAGUGUAUGCAUGUUCCUCUGCUAAGGACUGGCCUCCUAUUCAGAGAUCUCCUGUUCCCUGAAGGGGUCUUCACAUCCAUCAUGACCCUAACCAUGAUAUAGCAAUUGCAUAAGAUAAAUAUGGUUUUCAGAUGGACAACGUGUCAGACAAGGAAUGAUGGAAGUUCUGCAUUUUGUUAAAAGACAAAUGGAUCUCAAAUGUCCCUAGCAAACAUUUCUGUUCUUGAAAAGACUAUACAUGUAAACUUCUUUCAGAUUUUCCCUUAUAGACCUGAUUUGGAUUUAAAUUUUCUCUGUUAGAUGGCAUUUGCAAUUUGACUGUGUAGGCCUUCUGUAUUUCUGACUUAGAGAUUAAAAGAUCAAGUCGUUUUAAUGAUGAUCUGCUUAUAGGCAGCCUGAAAGAGUGCUAGUGUGUGUGUGUGUGUGUGUGUGUGUGUGUGUGUGUGUGCGUGCGUGUGAGCAAUGUUUAAUCCUGUGAAAGGAGUGUGAACUUACAAAGACUCCCCUGAAUCUUAUCCUGUGCUUCGGAUGGUUUUGACAGGGAGCAAAUUAGGGCUCGUUCUUUCUGAGACACUUUCCUUAGCAUCGGUUUUUCAGACCUAUGUCACUUACAUGAAGUCGAUUGAUGUAUUAUAUUUAUGUAAACAGAUUUCGAUACGGUAUAUACAUGUAUAUUUACAUUGGACCUAUUUAUUUUUCCUGCGUUGGUUUUAUAUUGGUUUAACGAUCAUGACACAUUUGUUUCGGUGUUUGGAGUGUGUGUGUGUGUCAUUACUGGUUAUUUCCUCAGAGAUGUAUUGUAAGCGUUGUAUAAUCUGAAAUGAGGGAAAAUUUGCCAUUUCUCAUGUCACUUUUUUCAAAUGUCCAGUUAGCAUAUAUAAAUCUAAUACUUUGUUUUUGUUUUUUUUUUCGUUUGUUUUACUUCAAAGACUAUGGGAAAUAGCAAUAAGUAUUAUGUACAGGUGUUGUGGGACAUAACAAUUGCAGACAUUUUGAGGACAUUAUGAUGUCCACACACCUAUCCACAAGGUAGCAGCACCUGUCGUCUGUGGCACACUUCACGGAUGGACGCAUCUACAGAGUGGAAUAAAAAAAAAUGGACUUAUAAUAAGCACACAA